AUGAGAUGUUGGAACAAAUAUUUCAUUUUGUUCUUUUGUUUGAGUUGGACACUUUACAUAAGCCAAUAUCCUAUUAAAUCUUUGAAUAAUUCCUUGUUUGUUAUAGCCGACUAUCAUUCACUAAAAUAUUUAUAUCUAUCACAUAACCGAGUAUUAUUAUUUCUUGUUGAUAUUUCGAAUUUUAAAUGUUACUAA